CAGCGGAGAGGGAGCCCCUCAGGGGAAUGGCAGCCUCAGAGAGGGGUCUGGAGCAGAGCAUCACCUGUGGCCCGGGUCCUCCGAGGGAGGGCUGGACCGGACCCCGGUGAUCCGGCCUGAGACCUGGGAGGGAGCCGCGGCCUGACUGCUGUCCAGACGCAUCUCUUCGGAAAACCUCUGCAGACCUGCCCCAGAGGUGUCUGGGCCCUGCUGCCCCCACUCGCUCUGGGGGCCGGCCGGCCGGACCUCUGUCUCUCCCAGGGUCUCCGCCCCGGCCGUGGCAUCGCAGCCGGUGGGACCCCGCCACCCCGUCUCGUGGCACUUCCUUGGAAAGCAGAGGUUUGUUUUAUCAAGUUCCCAGAAGGGGGGUUUGAGCUCAAGGACAGCGAAAAAAGCCACUAUUCUUCGGAGUCGAAAUUAGGUCAGCCGAGCUGUCCGGCCUUCCCCCAGGCCAGAGGAACUCGGACACUCCAGGCAGGCACAACAAGCCUCCCAGAAGGGGGCGGGCCGUCGGCAAGCAUUCAGGAAGCCCCUACUGUGUGCGCCUCAGGGAAAGGAAGACAAUUCCUCGCCCUCAAGAAGCUUCCUCCUGUUGGGGAGGGGCAGCUACAGGCAGGCUGCCAUCUUUUAUUGACCACCCAGUCCCUGAGGCCCAGUCAGGGCCCUCACAGUGCUUGGGACAGGUCGGGAGAGGAAGGGGGGGCUCAGAGGGAUUCUGUGGGAGAGGAUUCUGUGAACCAAAGAGGGAGGUUCAGCGCGUCGAACUCCCCCCUUUUAGAGAUGAGGAAAUGGGGCCACCCAGCUAGAAUGGCAGAAGGGAUGUCAGAAGUCAACUCUUCUAACCUGGGCCUCAGAGAGGGACUUGGACAGAGUCUCCCAGACAACAGAGUUCAGGCUGGGACUUUGGUCCUUUCUGAAGCCCCAGCGUUCAACCCUUUUGUUUUACAGAUGUGAAAACUGAGGCCCAGAGAGGGCCAGUGAUUUGCCAGGUUGUCCAGGACUCUGUCCUCCCCUACUUGGUAGGAUGGAAGGUUUUCUCAGCAGAGCCCUUCUCCUGCUGCCCGAGUCACACAGCCUCCUUUGGGAAGGGGAGUGGGCACUGCCAGCCCCUGGGGCCUAGGACGUGGCCUGAGGGCCCCCAUCCUCCCCAGGAGAUACUGCUGGGGGUUGGAGGCAGGCAAAACGGAGCCGACCCCCGGAGGAGAGGGACUUUCCCCGCACUCUUGGCUUUGGUUGUUCAUCAUUUAGCCAGUCAGAAGCUCGGGACCUCCACCGAGGCUCAGGCAGCCCUCCCAGGAGGAAUUUUCCAUUUUGUUCCUUCUGCAAAUAUUUACUGGGCCCCAGCACAGCGCUCGGUGGAAUUGUUGUCUUCGGCAGGGACGGAGUGGCCCGAGCUGCCAGAACACAUUCUGGGAGGAGGCCCCAGAGCGGCUGCGGAUAGAUCCCUGGCCUAACGGUUCCCCCACCCCAAGCCCUGGGGGAGGGGCCCCCUCUUUGGAGACAGAGCCCGGAUGGGGAGAUGUCGGCCUCGGCUAAGGUACCCGGCGCUUCGCCUCAUCUUUGCCUGCAUGGGGCCUCCCCUUCCUCAUCUCUGGAAUGAAGGAGUUGGCCUGGAUGGCCUCGGGGGCCCUUUCAGCGCUAAUUAAGGGGAUCUUGUCAUCUCAGGACAGUCCUCUGAAGAAGCUGCUUCACCUGUGUAAACCUUAAAAUUUCUUAGACUUAUGAAUGUUGGAAAUUUCCCCAUUGGGAAAUCUCAUACUUGAAAAAAAUUUCCUAUUGAUAGUAAGAACUCUAUUGGAACGUGAAACCCCUUGGCAUGGGAGGAUCCUUCUCCUCCCUUCUUAAGAUUACUUUAGGACAGAAACCUUUUGCUAAACAAUGGAAAGGGCUUUGACCUAUGCUUAAGCGUAGAACAGGAAGUUCUUUGAGUCAUGAUUGACUUUAGAAUUGAUACAAUGGAGAUACUUGGAAUGACAGAACCAGGUCUUGGAACUUCCAAUCUCCACCCUGUUCAGGGUAACAGGAUUUAGGAGGGGCUGCAGCAAAGAUCAAGAUUUAAUUAUUUGAGAAUAUGGCCUUCAACAGACAUGUGCAAAGGGGGGAAGACCUCUAGGUGGUCCUGGGUUAAGCUAGAGCCACCAUUGGCACAGGGGAGACAUGGACAGUGAUUGGUAGAUGGGAGAACUGAGGGGAGGGAACUGAGAUAGUUGGCUUAAAGAUAGGGGGGUCUGAGGACUGAGGAGGAGGAGGUUUUGCUCUGAAGGAGGUCUGAGAGGAGAGAGGUCCUGGAGGGAGAGUCCUGGAGAGGUCUUGAAGGAGGCUGUGGAAGGAGAACUCAGGAGGAGUCAGGAGGAGAAUUCUCUGGAACAUUUCUUGAAAGGAGGCUCUCUUGAAGGUGGAGCCUGAGGUUGGCAUGAGAAGCCUUACCUAGAGAGAUCUUGGUUUCAGAGAAAGAGACCCAGCAGGUUUUCAGAGGGAAUAUUUCCUCCAAGUUGGACUACUUUGGUGGCAUCCCUGAAUUCUGACAGGGAUCGGGCGGCUCCCGGCAGGGCGAUGGCGGCGCUCCUCCGAGCCUCCUGCAGGCGGCGGGGCCUCUCGGCGGGGCUGCUCAGGCUCGCCCGCCGCGCCAGCUCCAGCGACGAGAAGAGAGACUCGUACAGUUACGUCAUCGUGGGGGCGGGCUCGGCCGGCUGCGUCCUGAGCAACCGGCUGUCGGAGGACCCCGACCACUCGGUGCUGGUGCUGGAGGCGGGGCCCAGGGACGUGUGGCUGGGCAGCAAGCGGCUGCUCUGGAAGAUCCACAUGCCGGCCGCCCUCGUGUCCAACCUGUGCGACAACCGCUACAACUGGUACUACCACACGACGCCCCAGAAGGGGCUCAACAACCGCGUCCUGUACUGGCCGCGGGGCCGCGUCUGGGGGGGCUCGUCGUCCCUCAACGCCAUGGUGUACGUGCGCGGCCACGCCCAGGACUACAACCGCUGGGAGCGCCAGGGCGCGGCGGGCUGGGACUACGAGCACUGCCUGCCCUACUUCCGCAAGGCGCAGGCGCACGAGCUGGGCCCCGACCGCUACCGCGGCGGGGACGGCCCCCUGCACGUGUCCCGGGGCAAGAGCAACCACCCGCUGCACCACGCCUUCCUGGAGGCCGCCCAGCAGGCCGGCUACCCCUUCACCGAGGACAUGAACGGCUUCCAGCAGGAGGGCUUUGGCUGGAUGGACAUGACGAUCUACAGAGGUCAGAGGUGGAGCGCCUCCAUGGCUUACCUCCAUCCCGCUCUGUGCCGAGAGAACCUGAAGGCAGAAUCGGAGACCCUCGUGACCAAAAUUCUCUUCAACGGGACCAGAGCUGUCGGCGUGGAGUACAUGAAGGGUGGCGAGAGGAGGAAGGUUUAUGCUAGCAAAGAGGUGAUUCUGAGCGGAGGCGCCAUCAACUCGCCGCAGCUGCUCAUGCUGUCUGGAGUCGGGGAUGCCAACGAGCUCAGGCGGCACCGGAUCCCCGUCGUCUGCCACCUCCCGGGGGUGGGCCAGAACCUGCAGGACCACCUGGAGAUGUACAUCCAGCAGGAGUGCACACAGCCCAUCACGCUGCACUCGGCCCAGAAGCCCAUCCGGAGGAUGAGCAUCGGCCUCAAGUGGCUCUGGAGCUUCUCAGGGGAUGGCGCGACGGCCCACCUGGAGACGGGCGGCUUCAUCCGCAGCCGCCCAGGGGUCCUGCACCCCGACAUUCAGUUCCACUUUCUGCCUUCUCAAGUGAUCGAUCACGGGCGCCGCCCCACCCAGCACGAGGCCUACCAGGUGCACGUGGGGACCAUGCGGAGCCUGAGCGUGGGCUGGCUGAAGCUGAGGAGCACCAACCCCCUGGACCACCCCAUCAUCGAGCCCAACUACAUGUCGACAGACGCCGACAUCGAGGAGUUCCGCCAGUCGGUGAAGUUAACACGAGAGAUCUUCGCCCAGAAAGCCCUGGAGCCGUUCCGGGGCCGCGAGCUGCAGCCGGGGAGCCAUGUCAAGUCCGACCACGAGAUCGACGCCUUCGUCAGGGCGAGGGCCGACAGCGCCUACCACCCCUCAUGCACGUGCAAGAUGGGCCACCCCUCGGACCCCGGGGCCGUCAUCGACCCCCAGACCCGGGUGUACGGCGUGGAGAACCUCCGGGUGGUCGACGCCUCCAUCAUGCCCAGCGUGGUCAGCGGCAACCUGAACGCGCCCACCAUCAUGAUGGCGGAGAAAGCGGCCGACCUCAUCCGCGGGCGUCCGGCGCUCCGGGACACGGACGUCCCCGUGUACCAGCCCAAGAGCCUGGAAACCCAGCGCUGAGCCCUCAGCCGGCCCGGCGGGGGCUCGGCGUGACUGACGGACCCCAAAACUCGUUGCAGAAUCAUGGGGGGACGUCACGGGAUGUGGCCAGGCCGAGGCGAGCCCUGUGAAGGGCUCCUGUUUUCUGUCAGAGAGCUUUUCAGACGGGUAGCCUGGAAACAUGCCCAAAUGGCAGGUCAGUUAGGUAGUCGCCUUAGCCGGGAAGUGCCCAGCGACCAACUCAGCCAGGAAAACCACCGGGGCACGGCGUCUCUUCCGAGCUCCUCACCCGGCUCAGGGCCCAGCUUCUGGGACUUUGCUUCUCUUUGGAGCACCCCCCCCCCCAUCCCAGCCCCCUCCCCAAAGAGAAGAGCUUUUCGCUCAGUCUUCUGUGCCUUGAGGUGGGCAGAUGGGCUCCCUGUGGGUGCUGAUCCAGGCCCUCCUCUGGGCCUCAGGAAGGGGAGGGUUUCCUUCUCGGGAUCCAGCUCUGAAACACCUUCAUGUUUUGGAAUGGUUCCAUGGAGGCGAUUGUCCAGAGACUGGCAUCUGCCCUGAGGGAGCCCAUUUUCAGUCUCCUUUGACUUGGCCAAAGCCUGCAGGAGGACGUGUGGCCGUGAAGGCUCAGCUCAGGCCUCUCCGUGUGGCCUUGAGUUUCCUCUUGCACAGAAGAGGGCAAUCAGGAUGGAUGUGGGGGACGGUGGCCUGGGCCGGACCUGAGGACUGUAAUUAAAUUUAACUCUCCCCUGAUAGUGAAGAUUAAAUUAACUUCCCAAAAGCUCAUUUUUAGAUUUAAUCACCAAAAGUGUAAACAUCCCACUUGAUCAUUGAGUGGGAGGUCAGUGACCCACGUGUGCAAUAGUGGGUGACGAAUCAGAAUCAGACUGACUGCCCCUGGGCUGUCUUAAAGCAAAACUUCAACUGUGAUUGGUGGACAUAAAAAUGAAGGAAGGCACAGGAAGUGCUGUAAAAGAAAGUGUCUUUAAAAGGGAGCAACAACUUCCUGUGAGAGAUCUUCAGAAAGAACUUCGGCUUCUGCUGGAGUUUUGAAUUCAAGUUGGAGGCUGGUGAAGAAUCUGCUGACUGGACCUGAGGUUCUGUUUCUGGUGAGGCUGUUCUUAAAUCUCUUCCUUUUGGACUGACACAUGGUGAGUGGAAAGCUGCCUCCUUUCCUGGAUUUUCCGAAGAGACCAGCCUCAGGAGAGACCUACCUCUUGAGAGAGAGACUGCCCCAGGUCCUUGGCUACAAGGGUCCAGGCCUCUCCAGCUAAGGACUAAACUCCCCUGCCUGGGUGUGCUCAGGCUCGAUAUGCUACCCUCUCCUCUCUGAUUUCCUACUUCACUCUUUCUAUAUUUUGUAAAUAAAUUGCAAAUAAAUCUCUUUUGGAAUUAAA